UGCGUGUCUCCCUUCACUACUGGGUGUCAGUCCUGCUUGUGCUCCGAGGUUGGAAAUUGGUUGGAGUUUCAAUGUGUAGGAUCCACUCCCCGGUUUUUGGCGAGAUUGAGAAGGCGGUGCUCUCUUCAGUUCCUUGCACUCCUGUUAACACGCACCUCAGCAAGAGCAGCAGCAGUAGCAGCGGAAGAGCAAGCGCGGGACGCCUGGUGUCAUGACCAAGGCAAGGGAGCAAAACCGCCAGGGAGGAUGCUGUGGAUCCUUAGCAAACUACCUGACCUCUGCAAAAUUCCUUCUCUACCUUGGUCAUUCUUUAUCUACUUGGGGAGAUCGGAUGUGGCACUUUGCAGUGUCUGUGUUUCUGGUUGAGCUCUAUGGAAACAGCCUCCUCUUGACUGCAGUCUAUGGACUGGUGGUGGCAGGGUCGGUUCUGGUCCUAGGAGCCAUCAUUGGUGACUGGGUGGAUAAGAACGCCAGACUUAAAGUGGCCCAGACUUCGCUGGUGAUACAGAAUGUUUCGGUCAUCCUGUGUGGAAUCAUCCUGAUGAUGGUUUUCUUACAUAAGAACGAGCUUCUGACCAUGUACCAUGGAUGGGUUCUUACUUUCUGCUAUAUCUUGAUCAUCACUAUUGCAAAUAUUGCAAAUUUGGCCAGUACUGCUACUGCAAUCACAAUCCAAAGGGACUGGAUUGUUGUUGUUGCAGGAGAAGACAGAAGCAAAUUGGCAGAUAUGAAUGCUACAAUACGAAGGAUUGACCAGUUGACCAACAUCUUGGCCCCCAUGGCUGUCGGCCAGAUCAUGACAUUUGGCUCUGCAGUCAUUGGCUGUGGUUUCAUUUCGGGAUGGAAUUUGGUGUCCAUGUGUGUGGAGUACUUUCUGCUCUGGAAGGUUUAUCAGAAAACCCCUGCUCUAGCUGUGAAAGCUGUUCUUAAAGUAGAGGAAGCUGAGUUGAAACAACUGAAUUUACACAAAGAAACUGAGCCAAAAUCCCUGGAGGGAACUCAUCUAAUGGGUGAGAAAGACCCUCACAUCCAUGAGCUUGAACAUGAGCAAGAGCCAACCUGUGCCUCCCAGAUGGCUGAGCCCUUCCGCACCUUCCGCGAUGGAUGGAUCUCCUAUUAUAACCAGCCGGUGUUUCUGGCAGGCAUGGGUCUUGCUUUCCUCUAUAUGACUGUCCUGGGCUUUGAUUGCAUCACCACAGGGUACGCCUACACUCAGGGGCUGAGUGGGUCCAUCCUUAGUAUUUUGAUGGGAGCAUCAGCCAUAACUGGAAUAAUGGGAACUGUGGCUUUUACUUGGCUGCGUCGAAAAUGUGGCCUGGUUCGGACUGGUUUGAUCUCAGGAUUUGCACAGGUUUCUUGUUUGAUCUUGUGUGUGAUCUCCGUGUUCAUGCCUGGAAGCCCUUUGGACUUGUCUGUUUCUCCUUUUCAAGAUAUCCGUUCUAGGUUCAUUCAAGCAGAGCCACUGUCCACAAAUUUACCUACAGAAAUUCCUGAAAUCAUCUUUACAACUGAAAUGCACAUGUCAAACGGGUCUGAUUCCACUAAUACUUCCCUGGACAUAUACAUGGGUCCUAAAUCUGAGUCCAUAAUCUCUGUCAGUCUGCUGUUUGCAGGCGUCAUUGCUGCUAGAAUUGGUCUUUGGUCCUUUGAUUUAACUGUGACACAGUUGCUGCAAGAAAAUGUAAUUGAAUCUGAAAGAGGCAUUAUAAAUGGUGUACAGAACUCCAUGAACUACCUUCUUGAUCUUCUGCAUUUUAUCAUGGUCAUCCUGGCUCCAAAUCCUGAAGCUUUUGGCUUACUCGUGUUGAUUUCAGUCUCCUUUGUGGCAAUGGGCCACAUCAUGUAUUUCCGAUUUGCUCAGAAAACUCUGGGCAACAAGCUUUUUAUCUGCGGUCUUGAUGAAAAAGAGGUUACAAAUGACAAUCAAACUAAUUCAUCUGUUGUGUAACACAGUUUUAACUGUUGCUAUCCCUGUUACUAGAUUACACAGAGCACGUGUACCUAUUUUUUACUUCAGAAUUCCAAUAAAUGGCUGGGUGUCUCUCUCUGGUUUUACCACAACGAUACCUUGACGGCUAAAAGCUAUUUAGGAAACCUUAGUCAGCAGAAAUAAGUUGGUUAAUUUUCCUUACAUUUAAAGAUGGAAAAAAAUACAGGAAAAGGACAACCCAGUUUAAAUAUGGAUACUAAAAUGAUGACACUGAUUUUCCCUAUUUCUCAUGAGUAGGUAAACUUUUACCUAAAAGAGUGGUUAGCCAUGUGAAUUAAGUUAUUCUUUGGCAGAUAUUAUCUGUACUAGAAUUCAGAUAUGUCAGUUUUCCCUAAAACUCACUAUUAUUCAAGUCUAGCUCAUUUACUUCUUUGGUAUUUUAUUAUGUUUUAUUAUAAAAACAAAUAAGUUCUACUCCACGUACUAAGAUUAAAGUUUGAUAACCAGUAUUAUCCUUAUUGAUCUUAAGGGAUUUACAUAUAUGUAGAAAACCAAAAAAUUUCACUAGAAUUCUCUAAUUGGGUCUAUGGUUUAACUUGAGAGAGCACCUUCAUGUUUUUAUUAUCAGAUAGGGCAAAAUAUUGUGUUAAGCAUAUGUAGCACUUUGUAAAAUGGCUAUCAUGUAAGCUGCAGGUAUAAGCAGAACUAUAAAAGUAGAUUUAUAACACAGUGAAUGCAUAAUGACUUCAUAUUCGCAAGUAGUUUGGUUAUAGAAACUAGAAGCUAAAAGUCACACGGAAGGGCAAGAUCUGAAGUUAAUUCUCCUUAAUGAUCUCCAUCUUGGAACAUGAGGGAGUCAGCUUUCUGCCUGGUAGGUUAAAUGUAGAAAGCAAGCCCACACUUGGAAAGGUUUUGUUUUGUCAAUCAUUUGAUUUACUUUGAACACGCUGGGGUAGAGCAUUUUUACUUUUACUGUUUUGUACCCAAGAGUUAUUUUUAAAUGUAUCCCUUUUAAAUGUCUUUGAGAAGAAUGGAGGAAAGAAAACUUUUGUAUAUAUUUUUAAAAACUGUUUUACAAGUCAUUUUGCAACAUGCCAGUACCAACAUGGUACUUUGCCUUAACCGUUUAUGCACUUUCAUGGAGACUGCAGUAUGUUGCUAUGAGCACUUUCUUUAUCCUGGAGAUUUAAUCUUUUUUUUCUUCUUUCUAUGGUAUGACAUAAUGAUUUGCUACACUGUAAAAUCUUUGUAAAAUAUUUCUAUAUAAAAAUAUUUUGAAAAUCUUCCUGAA